AACUCACCUUGGCGAGACUGGAAGGUGCAAAAACUAGUCGCAAAGUAUCAACACCUAAACAACCACCAACUUUUGCCUGCAAGGAGUCACCCAUCACGCACAUGCUGAGUAAAGUGUCUCCUAUCUAUCAACGACCAAACGUGUUCUUCCCCCUUCGAUCCCGAAUCCGAAGCACGCACCAGAAGCACCAAGGGUUUUGCGACGCGAAUCAUCGAUAUCCCCAGCACUGCCGGCCGCGCACCUGCAGUAGUGACCGCAACCGAACUUUAACACGCCCGGUGCCAUUUCGACAAACUUAAACCAACCCACCACCUACAACACCCAAAUAACAACCACCACAACAACUUCACAAUGGGCAAACGCAAAAAGUCGUCAAGAAAGCCGCAGGGUCCCAGGAGGAACGAUCCCCUUCCCACCGUCUUCACAUGCCUGUUCUGCAACCACGAACGAUCCGUCAUCGUCAAGCUCGACAAGAAGGCCGGCGUCGGCUACCUCGACUGCAAGAUCUGCGGCCAAAAGUUCCAGUGCCCCGUCAACUACCUCGAUGCUGCGGUAGAUGUCUAUAGCGCCUGGGUAGACGCUGCAGAUGCGGUUGCCCAAGAAGCCGAGGCAAGCGCAAAAGCAGCAUCCUACUCCAAUAGCCGGUCAACGGGCGGGCGGCCAGCGGCGUCAAGCCGAAGAGCUGCCGAUAUCGACGAAGAUGAUGAGGAUGACGAUAGAGGCUAUGGCGGAUCCGGCGUCGAGGUUGAUGACGAUGACUACGACUAAAAGACAUCAACGACCCGACGUCACGUCCACAUAGCCGGCUGGCUUUUUUCUCUUUUUAAUCUCCAAUAUCUCACGGGGUCAUGGUUGACUGAGCGAAAGGUUUAUAAAGGGUCAUUAUCAUCAUCACGAUAGGCGAAGCCGAGCCGGAUCUCGAUGCCAGUUCCCAUUUCGAUGAACAGCAGCACGAAACUCAUUUUGUUACUUUUCCAGAGUGGGUAUUCCAUUACUACGCUUGACGCCAUUUCCCAAAGUCAAUCUUCACUACCAGGAAGUCAGCACAACCAACGAUAUCUACGCCCCUUCACACUUUACAUGGAGUAAUAGCGAU